AUGCAGGGGUUCAAUAUGGGACGUUAUGUCCCUCCGGAGCUCGAGGGAACGACGUCGUUCAACCAGGCCUCGGGCAAGGGACACGCACUGGGUCACCGGGCCCGCAAACUCAAGACCGAGGGGAUCCUGACUGUUCGGUUCGAAUGCCCUUUCGCCAUCUGGUGCACGACAUGCGUCCCGGAGCAAAUCAUCGGCCAAGGGGUGCGGUUCAACGCCGAGAAGAAGAAGGUGGGGGCGUACUACAGCACGCCAAUCUGGCAGUUUCGAUUCAAACACGUACCAUGUGGCGGGUGGGUCGAGGUCCGCACCGACCCCAAGAACGCAGAGUACAUUGUCACCGAUGGCGGGCGGAGACGAGACACGGGGGCCCCCGACAAACUCCUCGAUGGGGAGAUCCGGUUGGGGGUGUCGGAGGAAGAGAAGGCUCGGUUCGAGAAGGAAGGCGGGUUCGGCGCGCUGGAGAAAAAGGUCGAUGACAAGUCUGCUUUUGCCGCGCAGCAGGAGCGCCUCUCCGAGCUGCGCAAGGCGAGCGACCGCGCGUGGAAGGAUCCAUAUGACAUGAACAGGAAACUCAGGGCCGAGUUCAGGGUCGGACGACGGAAACGGCAGGCCGACGAACGCACGGGGGAGGCGUUGAAGGAGAAAUUUGGGUUGAGUGUCGACAUGGACGUUCUCGCGGAGACGCAAGAGGACGCCGACCGUGUCAAGUUUGUCGAGUUUGGGAAUUGGGCUGCUGAUAACGCGGCGGAGGCGUCCAGUUCAUCGUCCAAACCUUUGUUCCCGUCGACGAAAUACAGUAAUGGGGAUUUACCAUCGAGACCGAAACUUUCUCAGAGUGGUGCUGGUGCCGGUGCGACUAAAGGUAGUGGUGCGAUCCGUGGGAGACAGGAAGACAAGAAGCAGAUCUUGCAAGGUCAGUUGGCAAGUAAUACCAGAAUGGUGACCGAUCCGUUCCUGCGCGAAACACACGUCUGGCAGCCUCGCGUCAAGAGGAAACGAGAAGUUCAGGAAGACAAUCAAGAAGAGGAGACUGGAAAUGUCGACCGCGACGAGCACCAGAAGAAGGUGACGAAAGUGACGACAGCAACGAAAGGCGUAGGUAAUUUGGCGUUGGUCGGUUAUGGGUCUGAUUCUGAUUCUUGA